UUGACGACAAAGGUCGCCUCCGGCACCCCUUACCAACUGGACCCUUCCCAGGCCCUCCGUGCAGCCACUGCCCUGCUUAAGAAGAUUGGCACCGACUCUGUUGCGCGCAAGGACAAUGGCGGCAAGGCCAACCUUCUCGAGGACGCCGACGAAGACGAGGACAGCGACGAGACAGCCACCACCGUCUGGCUCAACGUCACCACCAAGAAGCACAUUCUCGACCAGCGCAAGAUGAAGCCCGGCAAGAUCAUCGUGCCCUUCCCCCUGCAGUCCGCCGCCUCGCCCUCCCUCCGCAUCUGCCUGAUCACCGCCGACCCCCAGCGCAAGUACAAGGACAUCAUCGCCAGCGAUCGCUUCCCAGCCCAGCUUUCCUCGCGCAUCCUCCGCGUCCUCGGCACCGAGAAGCUCAAGGCCAAAUACAAGACUUACGAGUCCCGCCGCCAGCUGUUUGCCGAGUACGACAUGUUCCUCGCCGACGACCGCAUCAUCACCCGCCUGCCCGCCCUCCUCGGCAAAGUCUUCUACGGCACCGGAGCCAAGCGCCCCAUCCCCGUCUCUAUCCAAGGCAAGCCCGAGAACGCCCGCGACCAAGCCGGCAACAAGCGCGCCAAACUCUCCGAAGGCGGCGACAAGCUCAAGCGCUCCGAAAUCACCCCGGAGGCUCUCGCCCACGAGAUCGAGCGCGCGGUCGGUGCCGCCCUCGUGCACCUCGCCCCCAGCACAAACGUCAGCAUCAGAGUAGGCAAGAGCAGCAUGAGCCCCGAUCAAGUCGCCGCAAACCUCGCCGCCGUCAUCUCCGUCCUCACCGAAAAGUACAUCCCCCAGGGCUGGAGAAACAUCCGCUCCCUGCACAUCAAGGGCCCCAACACCGCCGCUCUGCCCAUCUGGCUCGCAGACGAACUCUGGACCGACGAAAACGACGUGCUCGAA